AUGACAAAUAUUAUAGAAACAGCACCAAAAAUUGAUUUAUCGAAAUCUCGAUAUGAUCAAUCUACAUAUUUGGGUCGAGUAAAGCAUUUUUUUAAUGUUACCGAUCCGAGGACAUUGUUUGUGUCGAGAAAAGGCCUUGAAGAAGCAAAAUCAUUAAUUAAUGAUUAUAAUUCCGGUAAAAUACAAAACGUGGAACCGGAAAAAUUAUGGAAUGCAAAGAAAAUUGUCGAAUCAACAAUUCAUUCGGAUACAGGAGAACCCGUUUUUCUUCCGUUCAGAAUGUCUUCAUUUGUCCCAACCAAUCUUGUUGUUGUAGCUGGCAUGCUAAUGCCUAAUCCAAGUAUAGGUAACAUUAUAUUUUGGCAAUGGGCAAAUCAAAGUAUCAACGUAGCUAUAAAUUAUUCUAAUGCUAACAAGACCAUUGAAAUGAGUUUAAAAGAAACUGCAAUCGCUUAUAUUUCGGCUGUGACAACUUCAUGUGGAUUAGCGGUUGGACUUACACAUGCCGUUCCGCGACUUACAUUCUUAAGGCCAUCUGUACGUGGAGUAUUGGCAAGAUUAGUUCCUUUUGUAGCUGUUGCCAGUGCUGGUACUGUCAAUGUUUAUUUGAUGAGAAUGAAAGAAAUUAGAGACGGAAUUGACGUCUAUGAUAAUGAGGGAAUGAAUUUAGGCAAAUCAAAGAAAGCUGGUGCAUCAGCUGUUGGACAGGUUGCUAUCUCGCGAGUUUUAACACUUGCUCCCGUGUUAACUGUUCCACCUCUCGUUCUAUCUCAACUUGAAAAAACUAAUUUAUUAAAAAAGAAUCCAAGACUUUCACUUCCAUUUAAUUUUGGAAUUAUAGCGGUAACAUUAUUGACUGCGUUGCCAUUGGCUAUCGCUGCUUUUCCACAAAAUGCUGUGAUAGAUCCAAUGAAAUUAGAACAGCAAUUUUGGAACUUAAAGGAUAAAAAUGGUGAUAUAAUAAGACAGAUAUUUUAUAAUAAAGGAUUAUAA